UGCAGGCUGAUAAAGAGAGAGAGAGAGAGAGAGAGAGGAGAGAGACCAGCAGCACAAGGCAGCAGCAUGUCUGUCUCUAUCUGUCGCCUCUUGGAUCUCCCUCAGCACAGCUGCCCUGGCUGCUGCUGACUACGAGUGGGUCCUCUCGCUCAGUGACUGUGUGUGUGAGGGAGUGCCUGAGUCCGUAGUGAGUUUCCCAGUGGCUAUACGCACAAGUCUGUGUUCAACUGCUCUGGUUAUGGUGUUGCCACACGCUGGUGAUGAAGGUUUGACCAGUGUUGCUCUGGACUUGACUCAAUGCCCAUGAACCCCAGACAUCUCUGGCAUACCCUCUCAUUAAGAUGGGAAAUGCCUCCGAAACAUUUCUGCUCGUGUCCAGAAUAUCGAAAGACAAUGACUUCCUCAUGGGAACUAUCUACACCAUUUUUGGUGUGCUGUCGGUGCUGGGAAAUGGGAUCCUGCUGUUCGUGGCCUAUAGAAAGAAGUCCUCCCUGAAGCCGGCAGAGUUCUUUGUGGUUAACCUGGCCAUCAGCGAUCUGGGCAUGACCAUAAGCCUGUUCCCGCUGGCUAUCCCCUCAGCUUUCACUCACAUGUGGCUGUUUAAUAAGACGACCUGUACCGUCUAUGCCUUCUGUGGCGUUUUGUUUGGCCUCAGCAGUCUGACCAACCUCACGGUGCUCUCCUCCGUCUGCUGGCUCAAGGUCUGCUGCCCAAACUAUGGUAACAAGUUCUCCUACUGCCACGCCUGCCUGCUGGUCGCUGGGGUCUGGUGCUACGCUGGAGUUUUUGCUGUCGGUCCCCUGUCGGGCUGGGGAGAGUACGGGGCCGAACCUUACGGUACAGCGUGCUGCAUCAGCUGGGACGCUCCGAGCCAAAGCUUUGCAGCUAUGAGCUACAUCGUCUGCCUCUUCUUCUUCUGCUACAUUGUGCCCUGCACUGUCAUCUUUCUGUCCUACACGUUCAUCCUGAUGACCGUCCGGGGCUCCCGCCAGGCGGUGCAGCAGCACAUGUCCCCGCAGAACAAGAUCACAAAUGCACAUGCACUUAUUAUUAAGCUCUCCGUGGCAGUUUGCAUCGGUUUCCUGACAGCAUGGAGUCCAUACGCUAUUGUGUCCAUGUGGGCAGCAUUUGGUAACCCAACAACUGUACCACCCAUGGCUUUUGCUCUGGCAGCUAUCUUUGCCAAGUCCUCCACCCUUUAUAACCCUAUCGUCUAUCUGGUCUUCAAGCCCAACUUCCGCAAGUCCCUGUGUCGGGAUGUGGCCCAGUGCAGGACGACAAUCUGCGGAUGUCGGGAUGGGAAGGGACCUUGCAGGCAAUCCCACCACACAGAAGAAUGCAACUCCACAAGGUUGUCAAAUGGGCUACCGGAGAACCACGGGACCUGCAGACACUGUCCUCGCCCUGAAACAGCCACCGGUACCAGGGAAAACUUUACAGAAUACAGCCCCCAGCAGACUGCCAGGAUACUUAAAGGAUCAAAACAUAGUGAGGUGGCGGUCAGUCAGCUCUCCAAUGAGAUGCAGAGUGACUUCCUUUAGAGAAACAAACACAGCCACACAGUGAGAAGGUGAAAAAAGACAAAUAAUGGAGAAAAAGAUGGCAAAAAUAAAGGUUGAAAGACACUGAAACAAAAAGCUAAAGAUGGAUUGAAGGAAGAAAUGUUAUAACUUUUAAGGUCAAAGUUUUUAGAACUUGUACUCAUGCCUCAAAUAUGUGAUACUGCCAAAAACAUAAAAAAGACCACGACGAUAGAUGCCACUACAGAAGGAUAAGCGAGCCGAACAGCCAACAUGCAACCACAGAUGUGUUCAUCAAUAUUUCAUCAGGUCAAAUUAACACACGCCAUAACUAUCUGAUCACUUUGACUGAUCAACGUUAAGCAAACAAGACUGAGAAUCCAUGGACUCACCAUGCAAAUCAAUUCAAGCUGGAUCAAAUGGGAGGAUAUUUGAACUUUCUUCUCCCUAAAUAACCUUUUAUGUAUUUAUUAUGAGUACUGUAUUUGAUGGUGUGUUUGAUUUGAUAGAUAUUUAUCAAUGCAUGCCUCAAAUUGAAGGACCACAGGGUUGCCGGUGUUAUCUAACAGGAAAAUAGUUCUGUUUUCUCAUUACUGAUGAAACAUUAAGGUCUCAAAAUCCCUCUUUAGCAUGUGAAAAAAUGAACAUGGACAUACUAUAAAUUACCCAAGGUGUUGUAUUGAUUCCUUUACAAAGAGGUGUUGCCAAUGUCAAUUUAUCUAAUCAGCUGUGUCCUGAAGGAAUGACUGAAUUAUAAAAGCAGAAGGAUUGGGGAUAGGGCUUAGGAUGACUAAAUCUAUAACACUCAAUAAGUUCUAUUCUCUCUCAAUGUACUCUAUGUGGAGACCUCUAGACAAAAACAUAUAUGAUAGCGAAGCAAAACCUGUUUGAGGAUCCAUCAUACAAUGGUCCAAAAUGUACAGUUUCUGAGGACCAUCAUCUGAAAUAAGCUACAAAUUUUAAAUUGUGCAAAACAUGUUGCAUUUGAACAUAUGCUGGAUAAUAUUUAAAUGUUGCUUUGUCAACACGUUCUCAUCCCAACUCGUCACAUACUGACGCUUUGUCAGAACCCUCGGCGUCACUUUUCGGUUGCAGUAAACACGUGCUUAAUGUUGUGAAUUAAGCAAAAACAUUUGCAUAGGUUUCAGAAAAACAACAGGAUUGGGCUUAAAAUGACUACAUAUGUACAGCGAAAAUGUGACUUGAGUUGUGAACAUGGGACACGAACGAACAGCUGACUGUAACGUGAUGCCCGGGACACAAAUAGCGGUCUCCUGGAUGAAAGCCCUGUGUUGUUGGACCCAUCCACCUCCACUCCCGCCCGCCCUAU